AUGCAUCGAAAAAGCAUCGUGUCGAACUAUUUUAUAUCACCUGAGUAUUCUGUGGCGGGCUCACGUGUUUUCACCCCAAAUGCAUCCGCUGAGGAAGUAACAUUGAGUGACGCACCGACGCAACUCUCGUUGCAAAUAACAUCACCGAAGACAUCUAUACGUCCGUCGGCGGUGUCUUCAUUGCGUUUUAAAAGGGGACGAGAAGCCUCAUGGCACGGUCGGUACCAUAACGGUUCCGCGGGGGAAAACACAAUGGGUUUUAUGGAGGCAGUGGCGGCUUCCGUUUCCCGCCGCGGUGACGUGGUGGCACAUUCUUCUUGUGAAUCCCACCAAAACUUCAUGUCGCGUGCAGGUAAUUUUGUGGAAUCUACGACACACAGUGAUUCGUCGGACGGGUACCGGUAUGCGAAGUUGCCCCGGAAGGAGCUUAUUAUGAUUGCGGGAGGUGAAGAUAGCGGGGAAAAGGAAGAUUUGGCUAGUUUUCGGAAGGACUUGAGGCGUUUGCAGGAGCGACACGAGCAACUGAACAAGGUUGUGGAAGAGACACGGGAAGAGUUGAGACGGAGCUGGGAGGAAAAUGACCGACUCAAGAUGCGUGCAGACCAGUCGGUAAAAGAGCUGCGGCUGGAAGUGGCGCAGCUGUCUAAACAUGUCCAGCUUUUGGAAGGACGGAGUACAUCCGUAGAGCGCUCACUCGCUUCUCUAAACGGAAUGGAGAGUCUGGUGGAAUGCGUUCAGGGUGAGCUUCCUUCUUUGCGCAAGGAAAUUGGCCGGAACACUACUUCAAUAGCAGUGCUGGAAAGGCUGUUAGAAGAUAUGAAGCACCAGCCGCGUGUCUCACAAGUCGCAGUGAAUUCAGUUUCGGCUUCUGCUAGCGGGCAGGUCACCUCCCUUGGGGCUCCUCCACCUGCGUUGUUGAAUGACGAACGCGCAACUAGUCAUUCUUCCACGACCCCAUUUUCGUUUGGUGGUGCAAAACCUAACGCCAACCUCAGUGGACAACUGACUUCCUCACCUGCUGCUUCCAACUCCGUUGCGGGAUCGAAGCCGGAGCCAGCAUCGGCUAGCGCACCUUCAUUCACUGGUGUAAGUGCAACUGCAGGAUCUGUUGACAAGCCGUCCAAUCCCUUUGGAGUUUCUGCAGCAUCUGCAACCACGGCUGGUGGGUCAGCGCCGGCUCCGGCAUCAAAUGGCACACCUUCAUUUGGCAGCGCAGUUACAACUACGGCCCCCGGAGGGAAUGCAUCUUCUCCGUUUGACUCAUCCAAGAAUGCUGGAGUCUCGGCAACAGCAACUGCGUCAUCUGCCUCAUAUACAUUCGGUGGUGCAAGCACACCUGCAUCCUCCACUAACAAACCUCCCAAUCCGUUUGCUGCUACCGUAAGCUUUUCGCCUGCUGAUGGGAAAGGGGCAACACCAGCAUUGGCAGGCACAUUUUCGUUUAGUGCUACCGGCGCGGCCGAUACUCUCAGCGACAAACCGCCAACUACGCCCGGUGCUGCCCCGCCAGUUGCGAGUCCGGCAACAAGUGCGCUUCCAACGAAUCCGUUCUCACCUGGCAGCACAACUGCGACUGCACCAACUGCCGGGAAACCAACCACAUUAUUUGGUGGUUACGCGACGGGUGAUAGUUCAGCAGCCACGUCAGCUCCGGCACCAGGUAGUGCGUUUUCUUUUGGUGGCAUAGGCACCACUGCACCUGCUUCCACCGUUGGUUUUAGCUUCGGAGGCAUGCCUAAGGUUGCCGAGACAUCAACUGCUGGCGUCAAUACAACAAUAUCACCAUUUUCUAGGGCUGGUUCCACGGCAGUGACAGGUGCCACAGGCUCUCUAGGGGGGUUUUUAUUCCCUUCCUCUUCUUCAGCGACGGCAGCUCCACUUGCGAGGGGCUCAGAGGUGAAGAAUGACGUGUUUUCCAACGCGAAAGCUGUUGCUUCGUCCGGUGCGUCGUCUGUAUUUGGCACUGGCGCUUUGAUGUCUGCUGGGGUCUUGAGUCCUCCCACACCCUUCGGUGCGUCCGCUGGAGUAACUAAUCCAUUCGCUUCGUCGCAACGGGAUGGAGAGAAUGCUUCUAACCCAUUUGGUCAGGGUGUACAAGGCUUAGCCGCUGCUUCCACUGGCACUGCGCUACCAUUGCUUAGCCAGCCGCCGAUCGGGUUCAGUGCACCGACCGUAAACGCCAAUUUGGGUGCCCGUAGGAGGACACCGAAGCGGUUCUGA